AUGGAAGGAAGAAAAUCACGCUCUUUGUCAUGGACUCUUCCUUUAUGGUACGCCUUCUUCGGAGCAUGCCAUGAAUUUGCCCAUCUAUUGACUGCAGUUAUUUUGGGCUUAGGACGCGACGUUUGGGUUGAGGGAAUAACCACUGUUCUGGGUCGAGCGCUAAUCGAAAGACACUGUGUCCUGCCGGGGCUGGAAGACUCCAAUGCUAGUGAUUUCAAUGUGGGGGUGGUACGCCAUAUCGGUUGGUUCUUCAGCGUGCUUUUGGCUUUCGGCGUUGCUCGGACGGCAAUUCCGACGAGCAAAGAAGUUCGAUUCGCGUCAUUCGUAACGGCUUUAGAGGCUUUGUCAACAGACCUCUUCAGCUUAAAUGUUCUGCCGAUUUUGACAAAGAUAAAUUCUUCAGGCUCGAUUUCCUCUGUCUUGUUUUGUGGUAACUUUGGAAUAAUCCUUCUCCAUCAGGCUUGGUUGUCCGAUAAUGGCAAAUCGGCGAUGGACAUUUUGGAACGGAUGAUAAAAGUGACAAUGAUGAGAGGCGCUCAGUCAGGUGGCGUGGUCACCUUUCAACCGCUGAAAAAUUCGCUUCGAGGUAUGCGUAGUCGUGUUGUGAACAAGAAACGGACGGAUUUGAGUGUUUUGGUGCGUAAGGAAGUGGAACGAGAUGCGAUACGUUCCGUUUCGCGACCCUUUCCAGAAUCAUUCGUGCAAAGCUUUUCGGGUCACACACGAUUUGCCACCUCAAGUAAAGCGAGUUUGGAUGGCACACAUCCUCACCUGUGGACCCCAGCAAGCAAUCGUCGGCUUUAUAAUUUUUCAGUCCGACGUUCUGGUCCACACCAAUACAUGCCUGAGACCACAAAAGUUGAAAACUACAUAACUCACAACGGUGAUUUUGAUUUUUACAUUGUCAAUGGACAAACUUUCGACUUGGAAGUUAUUCAAAAAUGGCUUCCGGUUGUCACCGGCUUUCCAAUGCCGUCUUCCGUCGACAGCUGCGCGGUUGCCGGAGUAAUUGAUUUACUUCGAACUCAAGGCCGCUUCGGCCUCAGCGCCCGCUGCGCAAUCUGCUUUGGGCUAUCAACAAGCAAGAUGGAAGAGGAGCUAUUCUCUUUUCCGACCUAUGAGCAGUUUGAACAAAUUGGACUUGUGUUUGAAGAAGCCAUGGAUGUAAUGCUCCAGACGACAACAUUUUCCACUUUGUGUGACGAUCCGAAUAUGCGUCAUUCAUUCAGUCUUUGUGUGCUCAGUAAGCUAAAACCGCACAGGGUAUCACUCUUGCAGCCGAUCCAACGCUACAUAUGCGAUGAAGAAGAGGGUGGCGCAAAUCUGCUUUCUUUUUGCUUGUGUACAAUCAAUGCUUUCUUUGACAAUGAUCUCCUUAUGGCAACCACGACGUUUUUGAAGAACGCGAAAGGAUCGUUUGGUUUGUGUGUCACUUCAUCAAUAGACGCUCAUCGGCAAAUUUGUUUAGCUGCUCGCGGGCAAAAGAUGUCCAUUGCAUUUUACCCGUCUAAAGGCCUCGUUUGCUACGGAUCGGAGCAGGCGUCAGUCAAAGCAGGUAUGAAUACAGCAUUCCCAGGUGCUGUAGACGAAUUAGGAACAUCUCGUGGUGACAUUGACGCCGACGUUCUGCGGCUAGAUUUGGACGAUCUGGGCGGCGAAAUCAUGUGCCUCGAUUGGGGUGGCAAAGCUUUUCGGAGUCCUGCAGUUUCUCUACCACAUAGGCACUUGAUUGAACACGUGCUCAUGAAAGGGUCUGUCAAGGUAGUAUUGGUACAGGAGUCUAAGACAACCAUGCAACGCGCUCAACUGUUCCAUCGUAUGACACGCCUAUCACGAAAUCCACUCAUCAAGAUGUUAGCUGAAGAAUCCAAAGACCUCGUCCUUUCCGACAUAAACGAUACUCCACGUGCAUGCCAAGCGAUUCAAGACGACUGGGACUCAAAUCAAACUGGGAAAAGCAUGAAUCGCCUAACAGCUUACAAUUUGUCGUGUUGUUUGCGUAAACGACUUGAAAUGCAUUUAAAUGGACCGGUCCACAAUCGAGCAGUCGACAUUUUGUUAACUGGAUGCGAAGUUUCUCUUUGGUUAGCUGAGCAGUUUGCGACUGAUCUUCAAAAGGCCUUUCCCAGGCUCCGAACUAAGGCCAUCAGCAGCAAUAAGCUCCUGGGACUGUAUGGGCAGGAACUUGCGGUGCCGUCAAUUGGGUUCCCGUAUUCUCCCCGUACAUACGACCUAAACGAUGCCAUUGUUGUGAUUGUGAGCCACAGCGGUGGAACAUUUGCUCCGUUAGCUUGCUCGAAUCUGCUUCAAAGCACAACCAAAAAUAUUUUUGUCGUUACGUCCGAAUGGGAUACGCAGAUUGGCAAGCAGCUCCGUACUAUGGACGGCCUUCUGGACGCUAGCUGGGACCAUCUUUUCAGUAGUCGAAUAUUUUCGACGGAGGUGGGAAUGCGCCCAGCAGAGCCCUGCUCUGUCACAGUGGCGGCUACCCAACAGCUCCUCACAAAUUUGUUUCAGUAUAUCUCUGCAGUUAUCCUCAGUGAUGAAAGAUUCCGUCAAGUAGUUGCUGCGACGAUUUCUGAGCAGGACCUGAGGAUUUUAGAGAAGUGCAAUAGAGAGAACAUUGCUGCUCUUUCCGACAUUGUUGGAGUCAACGAGUGCGGUUUUGCAAUCAAAAAGCAAAUUUCGGCAGAGAUUGACCUUAGGAAAGCUGGCAAUCUUUGGGCAGAGCAUGUCCUCGAAAACGCGAAAGCUUACAUUAUGACUUUUGUAUACAUUUUUGUGACCGUUGUUUCAGGCUACCAUCUCAUCUACGCAAUUUCUUAUGCAUGUGGUCUAGACGAUACAAGCAAUUUUGUCCACCUCAUUCGUGUUCUUGAUGCUGCAAUCUAUUUCUGGUUACCACAGAUCAAUGUCGCUCUCUUGCGAUUGUUUCAGAGUCGUGAACUGCUUCACCGGAUGGGUUGUCGCACUGUCGCCAUUGCUGAUAUACCUUGGGUUGCGCAAUCGGCCGAAGCAUUCCUGAGUAAAAUUUUUGCGUGCUCCUACAGCAUUGCAGGAAUCAACGUGCUCAGCGGCAAUCCCAAUGAUCACUUUGUCCAUCGUCAUACGCACAGAGUUGUCCGCGGGGCACUGGUCCUCUGUGGAAGGCCCGAUGGUCGGCUUUCUGCAUUGGCAACGGCGGAAGCCACUGUGUGCUUAUCUGUCAAUCAAGCAAGUUCUAUUCAAAGUUUAGGCGGUACAUGUGAAAGUAUUACAGUGGGUCACAAUCCCUUUAAGCUGCCCUUGACAAAAUUUGGAAUCUUUCUCAAAAGCAAUCGCCCGCAGUUUCUCUGCGAACGGAUGCUGGUUGAGAAAGAUGCUGAAGGAAAAAGGAAUGAAGAUGAUUUGGCGCCUAGCCCGGUGGAUCAAAGCUUACAAUGUGAGGGCGUAAAGAACUUUACACAGGAUGGGCAAGAACGCCAUUCAGAGCUGAAUAUGGCACUCAGUUCCAGUGUACACUUACUCCCGCAGAAAACGCGGUCCGCAUCAGCUUUGCUGGGAGCAUACACGAACAUUGCGGAACAAGCUGAUAGAAAUCGUGGAUGCAAUGGAUCAUCUGAACAUAGCUCCAUAGACGAAGUACUUUAUUCUGCCAUUCAAGAGCGAUCUUGGUCAAAUGAGGGCAAGAAGCUUUUUGAAGCCCUAGAUGUGAACAGCGAUGGCCUGCUCAGCGAGGAUGAAGUCAUUGAUGGACUUUACAGGCUUGAAACUCUUUUUCUAGAAGACCACACUCGGGCAAUGUUUAAAGUUGCAGACGGCAAUUCUAGUGGGCAUGUGGAUUUUGACGAGUUUCUAAAGCUGCUUGACCUAGCCGAUAUAGAUGGUGAUAUAAAGGUUCCCUCCGCGAGUCGAGACGAGCGCGGGAACAUUCGGAUAGAGCCCAGUCACGAGGAGUACUUUGGAGAAACAUUGCGAAAAUUCAAUGCAGGCAAGACGCAAAACAAUGUCGAAUUUCGUUUGGCUCAUAGUCAGCAUUUCAGCCAAGAGUUGUACGAGAGCCGCAUUGCAUCGCUGCAAAGUGGAGCCGACGUACGCCACCGCAUGAAUCAAUUACAGCUCCAAAGUAAGAUUCAUUAUUCAAUUCAUGUAAUUUCAAUGGCUUACUUGCGAUAUCGUGCUCGCAAACAAUCAUGCUAUCCUGAACCCGACAAGUGA